AUGAAGCUCCUUCAAGUCCGCUCCUGUAAUGGCCAAACAUUGGCACAUUCCCCGCUCUCGUGCCCGGGUCCUGCCGCCUCGAUUCACGCCACGGCGCAGCCGUUCUGCAUCGUCAAGGCUUCAGUUCACAUCGCAAAAUGUCCAGGUCGUAAUUUGGUGACGAUUGUUAUCCUGUCGCGCGGAAGGUGCGGUCUCUCUCGGUGUAUCACUCGGUACCUGGUUGGUAUGGCAGUGACGGAUCUUCUGGUGCUCAUCACGGCGGUGAUAUUACACAGGGUCAGUAUGUUGUAUUUCCCGGUUCUGUUUCUCCAAGCCACCCCAGUCUGCAGACUUCGAAUUGCUCUAAUCUAUGCAACCAGGGACAGUUCCGUCUGGUUAACUGUCGUUUUCACAUUUGAUCGGUUUGUGGCGAUUUGCUGGCAAAAACUAAAAACGAAGUAUUGCACCGAGACAACGGCUGCUAUUGUUAUAGGAGUGGUUUCCGCCCUGUCUUUUGUGAAAAACAUUCCUAUGUACUUUGCAAUUGAACCCUUGUACAUAAUCAAUAAUGUCCAGUGGUUCUGCAACUUUAGGUUAAGUUUUUAUUCGAAUGUUUUAUGGACAGCAUUUAACUGGAUUGACUACAUCUUAAAUCCGUGUGCGCCUUUCAUACUGAUGUUGCUGCUCAACGCACUCACGGUUAGGCACAUUCUAGCAGCGAGCAGAGCCCGCAAGAGACUCCGGGGUCACAGUAAUGGAGAGAAACAGAAAGACUCGGAAAUGGAGAGUCGAAGGAAGUCUAUUGUUUUACUCUUCACUAUCUCGGGUAGUUUCAUCGUGUUAUGGGUGACUCGUGUUGUAAACUUUUUAUUUGUUCGGUUCACAAACAGCAACUAUUCGACCGGUUCAAGCCCCAGCAAUCCGAGAUUCAUUCUCCAGGAAACCGGAGUCAUGUUGCUACUUCUGAGCUGCUGCACCAACACAUGCAUUUAUGCAGGCACUCAGAGAAAGUUCAGAGAUGAAUUUAAAAAUGGGUUUAACCUAAGAACUCGGAGCUCUGGAGACCGGAUGACCGAAGAUCGGUGUCAGGAGACUCAUGUGUCUUCGGCGAGGCCGGAAAAUCUUUCGCUGCGGGCCGAAGACUCCGAGGUCUUUACGAUCUUCGGAUACAGAGCUCUAAAAAAGCGACGAAACUAA